CUAGGAAUCCACUAUAAGGCAACUUGUCAUCUCCACUAGGCUUGGAGGUCUUCUAGAGGGUUUGACCUCCUUGCCAUCAUGAAAGGAUUGGGGACUAACCGCAACAGACACCUGUCUGACUCCUGUGACCCUUCCACAGGCCAUUCAGAAGCCCUCUACCCUCAGAAGACCAGCACGCUGCCACGCAGCCCUUACCUGCUCAGUCCCACAAUGGAACACUAUGGCUCAAUGGAUCCCCACCUCUACCCUCAAGCCCAUCCAGGCUCCCUUCCUGCAGACUGCAUGUUGUCCCUCAACAACCAGCUUUCCAACAGCAGUACCUUUCCUGGUAUUCAUUACAAUUCAUAUGACCAAUCUGACUUCUCUCCUCCUGGGGACAGCAUUGGGGGCAUAAGCACAGGAACCAUGGGGACAUCUAUGUCCAUGGGCAUGGCAACAGGCUUGGGUAUGUCGGGACUAAGUGGAAGAACACAGAUGAUUACAAGUGGUUCAGCUACUAUAUCACAUCAUAUGACGAAGAAUCAAGCAGCACCUAGUUUACUGGACUUUGACAAGCAACUUCCCGGAGGCCAUGAUGGAUUCAGCACUUUGCAGUUUCAUCGAACGUCUGCCAUCGCUGCUGCCAAGCAGAGGACAGACAGUCCCGGCCGUAUUCGCUAUAUGCUGCACUCUGUGCAGAAGCUCUUUGCAAAGUCCCAGUCGCUGGAGAGCCACAACAUGAAAGGAAAUGUCAAUGGACGCUCGACUGGCAGUGGUGGAGGCUCAUCUGGCACUGAAGAUGGAGGGAAGCAUAAUCGCAGAGCCAAAAGUAAAGAUCGCAGUACCAAAUCUGAGGCAACUGCUAAGCGACGACCAAGAUCCAACAUGUCAGGGUAUUGGAGUUCAGACGAUUUGGAUAGCAGUGAUUUGAGCAGCUACCAUAAUACCUUGGCAAUGAUGACACUGGGACGUCCAACUGGCCAUGAUACCCAGGGUGGUCAGGGCAAAUACAUCCAAAGCGGCUACAACACUAUUAGUACAUCUAAAAGCAGCAAUGAUAUGAAAUAUCAAGCACUUCCUGCCCCUGGGGGUGGAGGAGGCAGUGCCCUAAGUGGACCUGGGAGUAUGUUCAUGAAUGAUAGUGACUAUAUGAAAGGGGGGUCUUGGUCAACACUGACUAUGGGUCAGCCAAGACACGUGAUUCAAAAGGGUUCAGCUACUCUGGACAGGUCAAUGCUCAAGUCCAAGUCAUGCCAACAAGAACUGACCUGCAACUACUUGCAGGUUGGACGAAGGGGUGAUUGGAGCAGCACAUUAGGCCGCAGUGGGGGUCCCAAUGAAAUUCCAUGUCGGCGGAUGCGCAGUGGCAGCUAUGUGAAGGCCAUGGGAGACAUGGAAGACAGUGACGACUCUGACGGAAGCCCCAAACCCUCUCCUAAAAGUGCUGCUCGCCGCCAGAGCUACCUCAGGGCCACCCAGCAGUCUCUGAGUGAUCAGCUACCACCACGCAACAGAACCCUGGAUUACACCUUGUUGCAGGGGGAGCUGGAUGCCCUGUGGUCUCCACUCCACAGUGUGUCCUCCCUGCACCAGCUGAGCAGGUCAAUGAGCAGCUGUCUUCCUUCUCUCAGAGAGCUGUCCACUAAUCGCAGCCUGGACAAUUUGGAUUGUAUCGGAGGAACGGGACCUUUGGCACCAUGGGAUGAUGAUGACUUCAGUCAGGCCUGCAGCACUUUGGGCAGACGGAGUUGCAUGGGGCAGCUGCGAGAACUGGAAAGGAGCCAUCACUAUGAAGACCGCAGCUCCGAGUCUACUUUCAGAGAUUCCCGCUCCCACUCUCAGGACAACACAGAGCCUCCAGAUAUGCCCAUGCCGACGUGCUUCCGAUCCCGCAGCCACAGCUACCUGAGAGCCAUCCAGGCUGGCUGUUCCCAAGAUGACGACACAGUGUCCAUUGACUCAUGCUGCUCUCCACCUCCGGACUCAACUGUUCGCACAUACAGCACCAGCACUGACGACCUUUCUGCACAGUGGAUGACAUGGAAAGAACAGUUUGCAUCUUACCUGAAAGCCACUGGCUUGGAUAAAGCCCCAAAGGAGAAACAACUUGCAAUUUUUCUUCAGCGUUUUGGAACAGGCAGACCACGCAUCCUACCCCCACACACAGUCUCCACAUGCAUAACCACCUCUAAGAAGACUGCUCCACCACCGGUGCCCCCGCGCACAACCUCCAAGCCCUACAUCUCUGUGACCGUUCAGAGCAGCACAGAGUCUGCACAGGACAACUACUUGGACCAGCAGGACAGAAGGUCAGAGGUCAACAGCCAGUCGAGCCACGCUCACAGUAAUUCCUCUGACAGCCUUGACAGCACCCGUGCCAACAGCCUGGCCCGGGGGAUCCCCCGCCCUCCGCACAUCAUCGCCACUCCCGUCGCCACGCCGAGGGAGCCAAUAGCCCCCAACACCGCCAACGCUUCCACUGAGACCAGUGAUUCAGCAGUCCAAAAUGAGUCUCUGAAAUCGGGCUCUUAUAAAGGGAAUCUGGUGGCGGAAGAGCCAUUCGUAGCCCCGGUGCCCAGGCGGAAACUGUCCUCCAUCGGCAUACAGGUUGAUUGUAUUCAGGAAGUUCCACGAGAAGAGACCCCACCACUGGCCAAAUUUCAGUCAAUUGGAGUACAGGUGGAGGACGGGUGGCAGCUCAGUCGCUCCAGUAGCAUGGCCUCCAAACAAGAAACAGACUCAGACACACAGGACAUAUCUGCCAUUUCUCAUAUCACCAAUGCCAAACCCUUUGAGAAGAAAGUCAUGGUCAACAGUGCCAGCCAGUCUAUGAGCUCCCCACCUGGACAAGACUCUUUAGACAACGGAGAGCCAACGGGUGACACAUCUUCCCCCCCACCACCUAGACAGAUUCUCAACCGCUCCACCACACGGAGCAGCUCCUCCUCUUUCUCAGAGAGUCUGGACCCAGCUCUGGACCCCUCAUCCCUUCCACCUCCAGACCCCUGGCUGGACAGCGGGAAUGGUAACAACAGCAGCGUCCCGCGGGGGGGCGGAGGGGGAACGCUAUGUCGGAGAGAUGGCCACUGGUUCCUGAAGCUGCUGCAGGCUGAGACGGGGCGCAUGGAGGGCUGGUGCCAGCAGAUGGAGCAGGAAACCAAAGACAACCAGCUCUCAGACGAGGUUCUGGGGAAAGUCCGCAGUGCUGUAGGAAGUGCUCAGCUUCUAAUGUCUCAGAAGUUCCAGCAGUUCCGGGGACUGUGUGAACAAAACUUGAAUGUGAAUGCCAACCCGCGGCCCACGGCCCAGGACCUGGCUGGUUUUUGGGACCUGCUGCAGCUCUCGAUUGAGGACAUCAGCCUUAAGUUCGAUGAGCUCUACCAUCUCAAGUCCAAUGACUGGCAGCCUGUACCAUCUGCGGCUGCCCAGUCGCCCCCUGAGCGGAAGCAGACCGAGGAGACGGCGCCCCCUCCAGCAUCAAAGAAGCCUGGUAAGGGUCGACCACCGCUUGGCCGGGAGAAGAGUGCGGACUCUUCAUCCACUUCUUCAUCAGCCUCAGCAGAAAAGCAGAGACAGGAGGCCCGCAAGCGGCUGCUGGCUGCUAAGAAGGCCGCCUCAUUUCGCCAGAACUCCGCCACAGAGAGCGCUGACAGCAUAGAAAUUUACGUCCCCGAGGCCCAAACUCGCCUCUGA